AUGUUCUUCAAAAGCAAGUGGGAUCCUCGAGGCCGACACUGCUACAUCACUGGCGGUUCGUCCGGCCUCGGGCUGGCCUUGGCUAUCCUCCUUACCAAGAAGGGUGCGCAUGUGUCCAUCGUCGCGCGAAAUGAAGAGCGGUUGCAGAAGGCAUUAGAGGCAGUAGAGGCUGCCCGUCAGACACCGGACCAGGUGUUGAAGUCUUACGCGUUCGCAGUCAACACCGAAGUUGGGGCUGUCGCUUCCAUCGAGGCCGCCUCCGAGGCGCAUGGAGGAAAGUCCCCGGACGCGUUCUUCCUUUGCGCAGGCGCGUCCUCCCCAAGAUUCUUCGUGGAGCAGGAUGAAGCAUCGAUGAGGAAGGGCAUGGACGAAACAUACUGGGCGCAGGCGGCAUCCGCUCUGGCUGCCUCGAAGCGCAUGGUGAGCCGACGCGAAAAGGGCAAACUUGUGUUCGUUUCCUCUUUUCUGGGGUAUUUCUCCUUAGUGGGAUACGCGCCAUACUCUCCUGGCAAGUUUGCCAUUCGAGGCCUUGCUGAAGCCCUGCAGUCAGAGUUUCUUCUGUAUGAUAUAGACGUACACAUCGCUUUCCCUGGCACUAUCUAUACCCCGGGUUACGAAGAAGAGAACCGGACAAGCCCAAGGAAUGGCGACUUCCACAUCACGUAUGAUUUCCUUGGGCACGUCUUCCGUGCCUCCACUGCAGGAUCGUCGCCACGGAACAGUUACUUGACGGAUAUGUUUUACGGUCUUAUAGGCUUUGUUGCACUGCCAUUCUGGAGAUCAUCCGUGGACUCGACAGUCCGAAAGCAUCGCCGGGAACACGAAGAAUAUCUAUCUGGCCUCGGGCUCUACAGAGAUGAAACGUCAAGCAGCACAAAGUGA